AUGUCUGGAAAUAAAGGGAGAACAAAGAAAAAGCCAAUUGCGAUUGACACUUCAUCUGACAGCCAUCCUGUACGGUCUUCAAUCCGGCAGGUAAAGAAGAAAGCAAGUGAAGCACUAGAUGAUGAUGAUGAGUUUUCAGAGAAGAAAUACAGGAAGUGUGAAAAGGCGGGAUGCACAGCAACAUGUCCAGUUUGCUUUGCUAGUGCUUCUGAAAGGUGUGCUAAGAAUGGUUAUACAUCAAGGUGGUAUCACCUUUCCUGUGGAGAGCAUUUCUGCAAUGAAUGUUUUGACCAUUACUAUAGGAGUCACAAGGAUGGCUAUGACAUAUAUGCUUCUUGGAAACGAAUUUGGACAAGUAAUGGUAAAAGUGAACCAAGUCCCAAAGCUUUUAUGGCAGACCAGCAACUUCCUUACUGGGUACAAUGCACAAAACCUGAAUGUGGAAAGUGGCGUCAGUUGACAAAAGAGAUUCAUUUAACAAUGCAAAUGGCAAAAACAUACAAAUGUGGCAUGAAACUAAAUAGCUCAAUGAAGGCUGAGGGACCAGAUCAGUGCUCCAUGCCAGAGGACCUGAGAGUAUCUGAAGUAUCAACUCAGCCGUGGUAUUCGAUGCUCAUUCUUCCUCCAUUGCUGAAAGAUAGUCCAGCAGCUGCAUUGUUGGCUGCUUAUUACCCUGACUGUGUGGGAAUGAGUCCAUCAUGCACCACCACUAAUCGUCUUCAUAUAGAAGGAAAAUUGGAGCAAGGCAGAGGAGUUGGUUCAAACUUACCUGUUAUUUUUACAGCUGCAAGAAUUAAUCCAUAUUUUCAGCCAUUUUACCAGCCCAAUGAAUGUGGGAAGGCAUUAUGUGUAAGACCUGAUGUAAUGGAGCUGGAUGAGCUCUAUGAGUUUCCAGAAUACUCAAGGGAUCCCACAAUGUAUUUGGCUAUGAGAAAUCUGAUUUUGGCCCUUUGGCACAUAAACUGUAAGGAGGUACUCACAACACAGACAUGUGCUCACCAUAUAAUGGUACGGGGCCUGGUUCGCAUCCGUUGUGUACAAGAGUUGGAAAGGAUUCUCUACUUCAUGAUCAGGAAAGGACUGGUUAACACUGGAGUUUUGUCUGUUACACCCAGCCAUUAUCUUCUUCCAAAGGAAUACCACAAUAAGUCUGUGAUUAUCAUUGGGGCAGGACCAGCAGGACUGGCUGCUGCUCGAGAAUUACACAACUUUGGAAUCAAGGUGAUGGUCCUAGAAGCGAGAGACAGGAUCGGUGGCAGAGUUUGGGAUGAUAAGUUUUUUAAGGGAGUCACUGUGGGAAAAGGAGCCCAGAUUGUGAAUGGCUGCAUCAACAACCCUAUUGCAUUAAUGUGUGAGCAACUUGGUAUAACAAUGCGCAAACUGAGGGAAAAGUGUGAUUUGAUACAAGAAGGCGGAAGGUUAACAGAUCCUUCUAUAGACAAGCGUAUGGAUUUUCAUUUUAAUGCUAUACUGGAUGUUGUGGCAGAGUGGCGUAAAGAUAAGGGUCAACAACAAGAUGUUCCACUUGGAGAUAAGAUACAAGAGAUCUACAAAACAUUCAUUCAAGAAUCUGGAAUCCAGUUCACAGAUGUUGAGGAAAAGGUUUUACAGUUCCACCUUGGGAAUCUGGAAUAUGCUUGUGGAAGCAAUCUGCAUAAUGUAUCUGCUCGUUCUUGGGAUCACAAUGAAUUCUUUGCUCAGUUUGCUGGAGAUCACACAAUGCUAACUGCUGGUUACUCAGCAAUAACAGAAAAAUUGGCUGAAGGACUUAAUAUUCGACUCAGGUCACCUGUGAGAAAGAUUGAUUACAGCGGUCCAGAAAUUACUUUAACAACAUCAGAUGGGAAAACAUACAGUGCACAAAAGGUUUUGGUCACAGCCCCCCUGGCAAUACUUCAGAAAAAUGUUAUUCAUUUUAAUCCUCCUUUACCAGAGAAAAAAGUUAAGGCCAUCAACAGUCUAGGAGCCGGAGUUAUUGAAAAGAUUGCUUUGCAGUUUCCUUAUAGGUUUUGGGACAGUAAGAUUCAAGGAGCUGACUUCUUUGGUCACAUCCCUCCUGAUUCUAGUAAACGUGGUCUUUUUGGGGUAUUUUAUGACAUGGAUCCACAGGGUAAACAUGCCGUCCUGAUGUCCGUCAUUACGGGAGAUGCAGUGCUUACCAUUAAGGAUAUGGAUGAUAAGCAAGUAGUGAAGCAGUGCAUGGUAGUACUCCGAGAGCUGUUUAAAGAACAGGAGGUACCGGUCCCAACAAAAUACUUUGUUACACGAUGGGCUAAAGACCCUUGGGCACAGAUGGCAUAUAGUUAUGUAAAGACUGGUGGAAGUGGAGAAGCUUAUGACAUAAUAGCUGAAGAUAUCCAGGGGAAAAUAUUUUUUGCAGGCGAGGCUACAAAUCGUCAUUUUCCACAGACUGUGACCGGAGCUUAUCUAAGUGGUGUGCGAGAGGCAAGCAAAAUUACAGUUUUUUAA